UAGACGAAAAGAAAUCAUGCUUCCAAAUUUCAUUACAGAGGUUUUCGUUUUUAUGUUUAUUUUAGUGCUACAUACACUAGCCCCAUCAUUUCCUCCCAAAGUUUGUGCAUCAGCUUUUGCGGAAGAGGCUGCUGCCCUCUUAAAAUGGAAAGCCAGUUUUGCCAACCAGAAUAGUUCCCUCUUGAUUUCAUGGAAUAUUAAGCCUACCAAAGCCAAGAAUUCUUCCAGCCCUUGCACUUGGGCUAGUGUUUCAUGCAAUAUUGAUGGAAGUGUCAACAGACUGAACCUCACAAAUUCCAAUGUCAGCACGACACUCUAUGACUUCCCAUUUUCAUCCUUGCCAAACCUUGAAUACGUUGAUCUUUCCAUGAAUGAACUUUUUGGCAGCAUACCGGCCCAGAUUGGUAAUCUUUCCAAGCUCAUUUAUCUCGAUUUCUCGAUCAAUCAGCUGUCACAAGAAAUCCCACCUGAAAUUGGCUUGUUACAAAAUCUUCAAGUCCUCCAUCUGAACGAAAAUCAAUUGUCUGGUCCAAUUCCUGAGGAAUUGAGCCAUUUAGUCUAUCUUACUGAGGUUGAUUUGAAUACCAAUCAUAUCAAUGGCACAAUUCCAUCUUCCUUGGCAAAUUUGGUUAACUUGACAUACUUGUCUUUGUAUGGAAACCUAUUAUCUGGUUCCAUUCCUCCAGAAAUAGGAAACUUAUCCAAUCUUGUCACUGCUUUUUUGAGCUCUAACCUUCUAACAGGUUCAAUUCCACCUGAUCUAGGUAACCUCAGUAAGUUGGAGACCUUGUUCCUUUUCCAAAACAAUCUGUCCGGUUCCAUUCCAGUUGAGUUAGGGCAGUUGAAAUCACUUCAAAAUUUGAGCUUGUUCGGAAAUAAUCUCAUUGGCACAAUUCCAACAUCACUGGGUAAUCUGACGAAUUUGACUGUCCUCCAUCUCUAUGAUAACCAACUCUCAGGCUCAAUUCCUGAAGAGUUGAGCAACCUAGAGCUACUUACAGAUUUGGAACUAGACAGGAAUGAACUGAACGGUUCUAUUCCUAAAUCAUUUGGUGAUCUGAGCAACCUGGAAUUUCUGUUUCUCCGUGAAAACCAGCUUUCUGGUUCCAUUCCAGAGGAGCUAGGGAAGUUGGCAAAGUUGGCUGUGAUGGAGAUGGAUACAAAUCAAUUCUCUGGUCAUCUGCCGGAACAUCUUUGCCAAAAUGGAACACUUCAGAACUUCACGGUAAGCAACAACAAGCUGAUAGGCCCAAUCCCUAUAAGCUUGAAAAAUUGCUCAAGUUUAUUUAGAGCUCGAUUUCAGGGAAACCGGCUGACUGGGAAUCUGUCAGAGAUGUUUGGUAUCUACCCGAACUUGAAUUUCAUGGAUCUUAGCAACAAUGAAUUCUAUGGCGGACUUUCUGGCAACUGGGGUAGAUGCCCAAACUUGGCAGCUCUUUUGCUUGCCGACAAUCACAUCACAGGUCAGAUCCCUUCAGAGCUGGGAAAUGCAUCUCAACUUCAUGUACUUGAUUUGUCUUCCAAUGACUUUACUGGGGAAAUUCCAAAGCAAGUUAUGAUGCUGGCUUCUAUGCUCAAUCUGUAUCUACAAAAUAACCAACUUUUUGGCAAUAUACCUGAAGAAGUAGGUCAGCUAAAAAAUCUGCUUUAUCUUGACCUGUCAGCAAAUUUCUUGCGUGGAUCUAUCCCAGAAAAUUUUGGAGGUUUCCAGCAAUUAUUUUACCUGAAUUUGAGCAACAACAACUUGAGUCAACAGAUUCCACCUCAGAUGGGUGAGUUAACUCGACUUUCUAUCUUGGAUCUGAGUCAUAAUUACAUCACAGGAGAAAUACCAUCUGAAUUCAGAAGUUUACAGAGUCUAGAGAUAUUGAAUCUUUCCCAUAAUUACCUCUCUGGUUUCCUUCCAAAGGCUUUGGCAGAGCUGCCUGGUUCUUUGCAUAUUAACAUAUCUUUCAAUAACUUUGAGGGUCCAAUUCCUUACGGCAAAGCCUUUAAAAAUAUUACCAUAGAAGAACUGAGGGGAAACAAAGGUUUGUGUGGCAAUAUUACUGGUUUACAAGUAUGUGAAAGUCCUCAAUUGAGUAGAAAGCAUGUAAACGGUAAGGGGUUCAAUCUUGUUCUUGUAAUUGUGCUCCCUCUUCUAGGAUCACUCUUACUUCUCUGUGCAUUCUUUGGAGCUCUUAAAGUUUGUCGACAAAGAAAAAGAAAGACCACGGAGAAUGUCGAGGAUGCUGAUUUGUUUUCCAUAACCACCUAUGAUGGCAGAGCAAUGUACCGAGAAAUUAUAAAAGCAACAGAAGAGUUUAGCGAAAUAUUCUGCAUAGGGGAGGGAGGUUUUGGAAGUGUGUACAAAACAAUUCUUCCACCUUCUAACUUAGUAGCUGUAAAGAGACUUCAUCUGUUGCCCGAGAAGGUGUACUUCAACACUUUCUUGAACGAGAUAAGAGCAUUGACAAACAUCAAGCAUAGAAACAUUGUGAAACUCUAUGGUUUCUGCUCAAAUUCCAAACACUCCUUUUUGGUCUAUGAGUACCUUGAGCGAGGUAGCUUGGCCAAAAUUUUUAGCGUGGAUGAAGAAGCCAAGGAACUAGACUGGGAAAAGAGGGUGAACAUCAUCAAAGGCGUGGCUCAUGCCCUAUCUUACAUGCAUCAUGAUUGCACGCCUUCAAUAGUUCAUCGAGACAUAUCAAGUAACAAUGUUUUGCUUGAUUCAGAAUAUGAGGCUUGUCUUUCAGACUUCGGCACUGCUAAAUUUCUCAGGAAGGACUCAUCCAAUUGGACUACUCUUGCUGGCACGCUUGGAUAUGUUGCACCAGAGCUUGCCUAUACAAUGAGAGUCACUGAAAAAUGUGAUGUCUAUAGCUUUGGAAUCUUGACAUUGGAAACAAUCAAAGGGACGCACCCUGGUGACAUAGUUGCCAAUCUAAUGUCUUCAACACCUGGAAACAUAGAACUCAAGGACUUGUUGGAUCAGAGACUUCCGCAUCCCACGGAAGAAACUGAAAAGAUUCUGAUAUCCACCAUCAAACUAGCAAAGGCGUGUUUACAUGUGAAUCCAGAAUCUAGGCCUACCAUGCAUAUGAUUUCUAGUUUGUUAUCUGUUGGUGCACCAUGUCGCCAACAAGUAGGUAAGUACUAGGAGGAUAACACCGCACGAUGUGCGGUGUGAUUUUCAAUAUAGCCCAUAAAUGCCCAAUUAUUCGGUGUGAUUUUCAAUAUUGCCCAUAAAUGCCUAAUUAUUCAAAUUUAGAUAUUAAAUAUGAAAAGUUACAUAAAA